AUUCUGUUUCACUGUGUAUGUGUAGGUAUUGGCCACCUAUUCAUGUUUUGUUCAUUAUAAAUACGCAGUGUUUUAUAAAAUGUUAAAAGUAUAAUAAACUUAAAAUUAGACUAUAAUUAUUUAUAGACUGUAUAUAAAUCUGUAAUAUAAAUACUAAAAUGAGUUAUCAAGACGAUCCCAGUUGUUAUGUUGGUUCGUUCCCCAAGGACUUCAGCUAUGGGCCUUUCGAACAAAAUGGAGAUUGUGACAAUACUUCAUUACAAGAAGAUCACAAGCCUCGAAUUCUUCUAAUGGGUCUGAGAAGAUCUGGAAAGUCAUCUAUCCAGAAGGUGGUCUUUCACAAAAUGUCACCAAAUGAAACAUUAUUCUUGGAGUCAACAAAUAAAAUAGUUAAAGAUGACAUAAAUAACAGUAGUUUUGUACAGUUUCAAAUCUGGGAUUUUCCUGGACAGAUUGAUUUCUUUGAUGCAACCUUUGAUUCUGACACAAUAUUUGGUGGAUGUGGAGCCUUGGUGUUUGUUAUUGAUGCUCAGGAUGACUACCAAGAUGCCCUAGAUAAGUUGCAGUUGACAGUCACCAAAGCAUACCGAGUGAACAGCAACAUCAAAUUUGAAGUAUUUAUACAUAAAGUUGACGGCCUCAAUGACGAUUACAAGAUGGAAUCUCAAAGAGACAUACACCAUCGAGCAACUGAAGAUCUGGCAGAAGCUGGACUAGAACAUGUGCACUUAUCAUUUCACCUGACCUCCAUUUAUGACCACUCCAUAUUUGAAGCAUUCAGUAAAGUAGUACAAAAGUUGAUUCCACAGCUACCAACUUUAGAAAACCUGCUGAAUAUCCUCAUAUCUAACUCUGGCAUUGAGAAAGCAUUCCUUUUUGAUGUAGUGUCGAAAAUCUACAUAGCAACAGACAGCUCCCCGGUGGAUAUGCAAAGUUAUGAGUUAUGCUGUGAUAUGAUUGAUGUUGUUAUUGAUAUUUCUUGUAUAUAUGGCAUGGUGGAUGAAACGGAAGUGAACACAUUCAACAGUCAAAGCUCAAGUUUAAUAAAGCUGAACAAUGGCACUGUUUUGUAUUUGCGGGAGGUCAACAAAUUCCUUGCACUUGUCUGUAUUCUCCGUGAAGAAAACUUCCAAAAACAAGGUGUGAUUGACUACAACUUCCUGUGCUUCAGAGAUGCUAUCACACAGGUGUUUGAGUUGCGCAACAAAUGUCAGAAUGUAAUAACAUCUAGAGCAGCGUCAGAUACACCAGAACCCAUCACUAAUGGGGCAGCUGACUCGACAGAAAGUGCUUCCGACCGUUCACAAACCCAUUUACCAUAACAUAUCAGCACAACGCUUAUUUUUGCAAACCUUAAUAUACUGAGAUAUAUGUAACAAUGUUUUUAAGUAUGUGAAUAAAAGAGCAUAAUUAUGUUAUUAUUA